ACCAUCGGUUAAAAUUUUGAUCAUUCUCGUUCAGUGGAUUUCGUGUUAGCUCCCCUACUAUUAAGCCCGUCUGACACGAUCAUUUUUCUUGUGCAAGAUUCGUUACAAGUUUUGGUGCUAAUUAAUUUAUAACGUAACAUACACGAUCUUGUACAAAAAUUUUUGCAUAAAAAAAAUUAAAUACAAGAAAAUAGCGCUAGCUUUAAAAUCUUGUAGCAAAAAUGUGCAAAUAAAAUGCGCAUUGACACAAAACUUAAAUAUAACCUCAAAUCAACCAUUCAAUUCAGAAGCUUUGCUUUGUUUACGUUUAGUAGUUUACAUUACAAUCGUGCUUGGUGGCUGUGUUGUGAAUUCUGAGCUUGUUAUUAAUAAAUUGUGAAUCUCGUUAAAAAAAAUGGGUUGGUCACAAGAACAAGUUCAAGCGCUUAUUGAGUGCUACAGAGCCAACGAAUGUUUGUAUAUGGUAACUUCACCUUUGUAUAAAAACAAACAUGCUAGGAAUGCUGCAUUACAAAACAUUGCGGAAUGCCUUAAAUCCAUGGGGAGAAACGUCACGAUACCAGAAAUUAAAGUUAAAUGGAAUGGCCUCAGGACCAAUUAUUUAAGCGAACUCCGGAAAUACGAAUCUACACAAAAAAGUGGUGCAGGUGCAGAUGAUAUAUUAAAACCGUCUUUGUGGUAUUUUGAUAUAAUGCGUUUUAUCGAUAAAUAUAUCACUCCUCGGAAGUCGACUGAUGUGCUAGACAUUACUGCUGCAACAGUGGAUAUCGAUAAUGGAAGUGACGACAUCGACCAUGGAAAUGACGUUAUUAUUGAAUAUAUCGAUGAAAGUGAUAUUGAAACUAUAAAUUCAAAUAUUUCCUCCCCUGCUACUUCUCUUCUUCCUACUGACGAUACACAGACUGUCGGCAGUUUUAUACCAAACAAGAAGAAAAUAUCCAGCAAUGAAAACAUUCCAUCUACUCCUUCAGUACGGCCCUCCAAAAAAGUUCGUAAGGAAGACAAACUUGCUGAAGAACAAGCAUUAACCUUAGGUGCAAUUCGUACAGCUAAUGAGCAGAGGAAACCUACACCCACAUACAACAGUCCCUUCAGUAAUUACGUUGCAUUUCGUUUAAAUUCAAUUACUGAUGAUACCAUAAGAGCAACAGCUGAAGAAGAAAUUAUGGAAGUUAUUUUUAGAAAUUAUAAGAUUUUUAUAAAUAAACAACACAAUGUAUAAUGUCAAUAACAGUAAUAAGUAAUUAGGUUUAUUUUCAUAUUAUGUAUAAAUAUUCAAUAAUUACAUGUCAUAGUUGGCUAUAGAAUUUUCUUGCCAUGGCACAGAACCUUCUACACUACAGAAGAAAUUUUUGAAUUCUUCGCGAACUUGUAAAGCAUGAUUCGAGGGUCUAUUACCUCUUUGCGGUAAUAGUGUUUCUAACUUGUUAGUUGCAAGCUCUUCUGGUGUAAUUUCUACAUACGAAACACUACGAGUAGCCAAAAAAUUAUGCAAAACAACACAUGCUAACGUAAUUGUUUCAGUUUUAUUAGCACUUAAAUUGAUUGGGUUUAACAGAACUCUGAAUCUAUUGGCCAAAAUUCCAAAGGCAUUUUCUAUGACUCUUCUCGCUCUUGAUAAACGAUAAUUAAAGAUUCUGCAAUCGUGUGAUAGCCCUCUCUGCGAAUAUGGUUUUAAUAGAUUAGGCAACAAAGGAAAUGCAUCAUCGGCUACAACAACGAAGGGCACUUUUAAUUCUCUGGCAGGUAAUGGCAUUGGUCUGGGAAAGUUUAAUUUAUUUUCCAUCAUUGCCUUUGACAAUUUACAUUCGCGAAAUACGCCACCAUCACUUAUACGCCCAUUGACCCCUACAUUAACGUACAAAAAACAAUUUCGCAUCAGCUAAUCCCAUUAAGACAAUGGAAUGUUCAUUUUUGUAGUUAAAAUAAUACGAUCCAUCAGAUCGUGGGGCCCUGAACUUGAUAUGUCUACCAUCAAGUGCUCCCAAACAUUGUGGAAAUUGCCAAUCGUUGUAGAAUUCGUUAGCAACUAUUCUCCAUAUUUCAACAGUUGUUGGAGUCUAAAUUUAUAAUAUGAAACAUUUACAAAUGUCUGUUGACAUGAUAUGAUAUAGCAAAUGGAAAAGUGAUCAAAUUAUAGAUAUGGAUUUGGACAAAAAGAUGAAAUUUGAGACCAAUUAUUGGGUUAAAGUGCUUGAACGAGUUAUUAACGUUACUUUAACUUUGGCUGAAAAUAAUGUAUCUUUCAGAGGAGCUCAUGAGUCAUUGUAUGAUGGUGAUAAUAAUCGUGGCAAUUUUUUAAAUAUUAUAAAAUUGUUGGCAAUUUAUGAUCCUGUUUUACAGGAGCUUUUAUCCAAAGACAAGAAUUCUGUGAAAUAUUUGUCACCAACGAUUCAGAACGAAAUUAUCGAACUCUUAGCCACAGAGGUGAAAACUAAAUUAAUUGGCCAGAUAAAUGAAUCUCCAUUUUUUUCAAUAAUAAUGGACACAACACAGGACAUCGCAAAAGUUGAUCAAGUGAGCUUUGUAAUAAGAUUUGUGCACCUCAUUAAAGACGCAGAUACUGUAAAUAUUGUACAUGAUGCAGAGGACAUGGUAAAUCAGUUAUUAUCUUUUUUUGAAAAAAAUAAUUUGAGCGUGGAAAAACUACGAGCUCAAGGUUACGAUGGUGCAGCCAACAUGAGCGGUAUUUACAACGGUCUGCAAGCGAAGAUUUUGGAGAAACAGCCCAAUGCGUUGUAUGUACAUAUACUGCACACAAUUUAAACUUAGUCAUCAACGACUCUAUAAAAAUUUCGAGAGAGUUACACAAUUUUUACGACACUGUGGAAUGUCUGUAUGCGUUUUUUGCACAUAGCAUAAAACGAUGGGCAAUGUUGAUGGAAACCUUUGAAUCCAAAAAGCAUACUUUGAAACGGUUGUGUCCCACGCGAUGGUCGUCCCGUUAUGGUUCCCUUCAUAGCAUGAGGUUUCACUAUCGAGAAAUUUUGCAAGUUUUAACCAAAUUAUCUUUAACAAGUUCAAAAGUAACUGAACAAAGUGAAGCUCUCGGAUUGAAGAAAAAACUCGAAAAUUUUGAAACAGUUGUGAUAAUAGUGAUGGAAUAUAAAAUCUUAAGCAUUACCAAAAUUGUAUCCAAUGCACUGCAGAGCAAAAAUCAAGAUAUUGAAAGAGCCUCAAAACUCUUGAAAUCUGCUAAGGAAGAUAUUUCAAGGAUUAGGGAAAAUUUUUCGGAAAUUGUAAAUGAAGCUGCUGAUUCAGCCCGUAGUUGGGGAAUUCAACCGCAUUUCAAAAAUUCACGACUUCGCAGAGUGAAAAAGCAAUUCGAUGAGCUGUCAUCUGACGAACGACUAACAAAUUUACAGGAGAACUUCCGUGUUUCUGUGUUUAAUCUUACAUUGGACGUCAUUAUUUCACAAAUUAAAAAUCGAUUCAAAGGACUAAAUAGCAUAGUUGAAAGAUUUAAGGUGCUUUUCCCUUCAGUUUUAAAAGAUCACUCGGACUCAGAUUUAAUACAGCUAACUGAAAAUUUAAUUAACUUUUAUCCCAAUGAUUUAUCGAGC